AUGGGGAACACAAAGAGCAGUGCUUUGUCGAAGGACCUCCUGGAGGAGCUGAAAUCGAACACAAAAUACUCAGAGGCCGAGCUCUGCACUUGGUACCUGUCGUUCCUGAAGGAGUGUCCUGGCGGGAAGAUCAGCAAGCAGCAGUUUGAAGGCAUCUACGCCAGCUUCUUUCCUGACGCGGACCCCACAGCGUAUGCUCGGCACGUAUUCAGGAGUUUCGACACCAAUGCAGACGGCACUUUGGACUUUAAGGAGUACAUUGUCGCUCUGCACCUCACCUCCGGGGGAAAGACUCUGCAGAAGUUGGAGUGGGCCUUUGCACUGUACGAUGUUGAUGGGAAUGGAACCAUCAGCAAAAAUGAAAUCCAAGAGAUUGUUAGGUCAAUAUUCAACAUGAUUCCUGCUGACGACCAGAAGAAUCUCCCUGAGGAUGAAAACACACCAGAGAAGAGGUCUGAAAAAAUCUGGGAAUUUUUUGGGAAGACAGACAACGAUAAAAUCUCGGAGGGAGAAUUCAUUCAGGGCGUGAUGGACAACAAGGACAUCUUGCGGUUGAUACAAUAUGAUGAACCUCAAAAAAUUAAAGACAAGCUAAAAGAGAAGAAGAAUUAG